AUGCCAAGAAUAACUGGGCUCCAGGCCAUACCCCCACAAGAAGUGGAUAUCAGCAGAUUUGCUUUAGAAAAGAUUCCGCCUGCUACUAGCGAUCUGCUAAUCCAGUGCAGCGCUCUUACGAAGGAAGAGAUCAGCAGCUCCGUCAAGCAGUUGACGAACUGCAAAUCUGCAGGACCUGACAGCAUACCAGCAGAGGCGCUUAAAGCUGACGUUGAGCUCCGUGUGGAGCCCAUGGUGAACCCAUCUGGCCAGAAUAGCUUCAGACAAGCCUGCUCAUUUACACAGUCUGUUACCAACCUGCGCAUUCACCCAAUCUGUUACCAAAUUGCUCAUUCACCCAGUCUGUUACAAGCCAGCUCAUUCACACAGUCUGUUACCAACCUGCUCAUUCACCCAGUCUGCUCAUUCACAGUCUGUUACCAACCUGCUCAUUCACCCAGUCUGUUACCUUUCUGCUCAUUCAUCCAGUCUGUUACCCACCUGCUCAUUCACCCAGUCUGUUACGAGCCUGCUCAUUUGCCCAGUCUGUUACCAGCCUGCUCAUUCACCCAGUCUGUUACCAGCCUGCUCAUUCACCCAGUCUGUUACCAGCCUCAUCAUUCACCCAGUCUGUUACCAGCCUGCAAAUUCACCCAGUCUGUUACCAGCCUGCAUAUUCACCAAGUCUGUUACCAGCCUGCUCAUUCACCCAGUCUGUUACCAACCUGCUCAUUCACCAAGUCUGUUACCAACCUGCUCAUUCGCCCAGUCUGUUACCAGCCUGCUCAUUCACCCAGUCUGUUAGCAGCCUGCUCAUUCACCCAGUCUGUUACCAGCCUGCACAUUCACCCAGUCUGUUACCAGCCUGCACAUUCACCCAGUCUGCCCAGUCAGCUUAUAAGAUCACAAAACCUUACGUAA